UUUAUGCUGAUUUUGUAGGUUAUGACAUUUUGUUACGUAUAUCAAAAUUCUGUUUGCGUGUUGGAAAUUGACUGCAGAAAAUCUCGCAAAUUUUACUGGCUUUCCCGACAUUGGGAGUUUGCCAGCGGUUUUGAAACGGUGAUAGAUCCGUUGUCAGCUUAUUAGUAACCAAAUAUCCCGCGGUUGUGACGUCAUGGAACUUGACUACUCCUUGCCUGAACCGGACAGCGAGCUGCUCAUGCCGCGCCAGGACCCACCGCUGCCAGAUCACCAGAAUCCGCUGACUGUGCUGCAAGGACCCCCUGGCAGCUGGGAAUGCCACCAGCAGAAGCAAAUCUUUUGCGCUGAUUGUCAGCAGUUUCUGGAGGAGCCCUGUUGGUUGCAUGCCAAAAGUGUUCCCAAUGAAAGCGUCGUUCCCUUCGCACUGGCCAGUUUGCCCAAAAUCUUGCACCUGGAUGCUUGUGCUGAUUCCUCCACAGGGAAGAAAGUGAUAGCCAAUGUCCAGAUUGCUCCUCAGGCCGUUUUCGGUCCCUUGGUGGCUCCGCUGGCCGAGAAAAGCAACGGCACGAUCGUGUAUGCUUUUCCCAGCCCGGAAGACGGACAGUUGCGUUUCUUCCAGCUGGACUCGGAGCUCUUCUCCAACUGGAUGCGCUACGUGCGAUUCGCGGAGAAUCCGGCGGAGGAGAAUCUGGCUGUGCAUCUACGCGGAUCGCAAGUCGUCUUCGUCAGCGUAAGGAACAUUGGCGCGCCAAACGGAAAUGGUGAAUAA